UCGACGGACGCGUCGAUGCUGAGGAAGGCCAUGAAGGGCUUCGGCACCGACGAAGCCUCCAUCAUCAACAUUCUUGCCAACAGGACCAGUGACCAGCGUCAGAGAAUCAUAUUGUCUUACAAACAAGCUUAUGGCAAGGAUUUGAUCAAGGAUCUGAGGAGCGAGCUGAGUGGCGGGUUCGAGCGCGUUGUACUCGCCAUGAUGACCCCAACAGUUGUGUUACUGGUCGACCACCUCUACAGUGCGACCAAGGGGCUCGGUACCAAUGAGAACACGUUGGUCGAAAUCCUGUGCACUCGAAACAACAGGGAGAUUAGCGAAAUCAAUGCGAUGUAUCACCGAAAAUACGGGCGUCCUUUACAAAAAGACUUGGAGGCGGACACUUCAGGGCACUUCCGUCGUCUGCUCGUGUCUAUGACUGCCGGCGCUCGCGAUGAGAUGAACCACAACCUGAACCUGGCUCCGCAGCUCGCGCAGCAGCUCUACCGAGCAGGCGAGGGCAGGAUGGGCACGGACGAAGUCGAGUUCAACAGGAUCUUGGCCUCCUACUCCUUCCCGGUGCUACGCGCCGUGCUCGAGGAGUACAAGAAAAUUAAGGGCAAGAGUCUGUAUGACGCUAUCAGGAGCGAGUUCUCAGGCGACAUCAAGACCGGUCUGCUGGCCGUGGUCAUGUGCAUUGAGAACAGACAUCAGUUCUUUGCCAAGUGUCUGCACGACGCCAUGAGGGGCCUAGGAACUAAAGAUGACACUCUCAUCCGCAUCAUCGUCACGAGAGCUGAGAUUGAUCUCGGCAACAUCAAGCACGAAUAUCAACGCGUCUUCGGCCGCACUCUUGAGAGCGACAUCAGAGGUGACACUUCUGGCGACUACAAGCGGAUGUUGUUGGCAAUCGUCCAGGGCUGAACUCGUCCCUCCUCACCAGUCAACUGAAAAGCUAAACUUUUGAUGUCAAUAUUUACGUUAUUUUUAGGUAUGUACUCCAAAGGUUGUUGACAAAGUCGCCAGUUGAAUUUUAAAGGCUUUUAAGACGAUUGUCAAAUACACGAGUAUAAUUUUAGGAUUUUAUUCCUCGUUGUUACAGAAAAGUGCUUCAAGCUGCGGGAACACUGACUUUACUUCUUUGUGCAUCUUAUUCCUAGACAAGUUUUAUGUGUGAUUUUUAAUUACUUAUAUCAUACGCACGUCUCAAUCGCUAAAAAAUUUCAUAAAAUCAUGGCACGUUUCAUUAGUAACUUUUUUACUCCAACAAUUAGCUUGGGACAAAUAAAACAGGCAUCAAACUGUCGACGUUCAGGCAGAAAAUUUUCAGUUAAUUAAUUGUGCAUUUGCUGCAUCGGCCAACCGUAUUCCCGCUAGCUUUGCAAAUAAGUAUCAUCUGUAUGAAUAAUGUAAGCGAUGCAAGUGAUUUUUGUACCGCUAAUUUUUUUGUGAAGACUUUAAAAAAAGUUUCCAGUAAAAUAGUCGUAUUUCCGUUAAUUAGGUUAAAAAAACGUGCUCCAUUGUACCAUUCAUUGUGAAAAUGAAAUGCUCAGAACCACCGAA